AUGUCGGAAACCUCACAUCCAUCUCGCGAUCCAAAAAAUCUCAGCGAACCAUUCGCAGUCAUCGAAUUUCUCGAGAAAAACGAAAAAGGGCUACCAUGCAUUGAUUUGGUGCCGAAAAAAUGGUUUAAUAGUGCAGAAGAAGACACCUGUAAAUUCCCACCGACAACUGAAUAUCAUCUACUUGACGACUACUUGGAAAAAUUGCACUCGCCCAAGGACUCUUGGCAAAGUUAUCCAUUUUGCUUCAUCACCGGAGCAGCUGAUUUGGAUCAGGGUCGCAGAAGAUUAAAAAAGGCCCAAGUAACUCUCAACUGUGAGACAACCGAUGGUGAAAAUGAUCGAAAGGGGGGGAGGUCCGAAACUUCCUCGAAAGCAAAAAUUUCAGCAAAACCCUUAACUGCAUCAAAGUCUCAACUAAACAACAUCUUUAGUACUAAAAUCCCGAUUCCACCUAGAAAUCAAACUCCAAAGUCUGGUAUACAAGCAAAACCAAAGACAAGAUUUCAAAGCAUUUACCAGAGUGGAUCUGACUCUGAAGACGAAAAUCAUGAUUGUCUUAUAGCUAAUCCUGAGGAGAUUCGAGCCUCAAAGGCUCAAAAUAAUUCUGGCUUUUUGCAAAUGUCGAGUAAAUCGCGAUCUGUACCAACAGGUGCAUGUUUAUCAUUUAAACAGCGGUCAAGGAAGAAUAUUACUUUGCUUAAAGACGUCGAAACUGAUGAAUCUGAGAGCAAUGAUUCCUCCGAUGGAAUUCUGCAGUCACCUACAAAAUCGAUGGACUCAGCGAGAAAUACAAGAAAAGAACUUCAUUUGACACCUCCUUCACCACUAGUCCAUAACGCUUCAGGUAACCGAAAAAGGCGUGCAUCGUCUACUACACGCGCUGAAGACGGAUUGAAUUCGAUUGUGAGCCCAGGAACUCCAAAAACUUCACGAUCAAUGAUGGUACCCCCUGCUAAGAUGCCAAAAAUGCUGGGACCACAAAACCAGUUGUCAUCUAGUCAUUAUGCUGAUAAUGAACGUCGAAUCCUGAACUCCCUUCGAGAUUACUUUGAUCAGCAAUUAGAUGAAAAGCUCGAAAAUUUAAGACGCAGGAUGGCUUACGAUUUAAAGCAGUCUAUGAAUGAGCUCAAGACCACAAUCAUUGGCACUAAUCUAGCCCCAGCUUCUGGUCCUAGCUUGCUUGAAAUACAGAAGCAGAUGUCUACGCCACUACCAUUUGAAAUGGAUGAUAAGUUCCAGGAAUACGAAGCGAUAUUGACAACGGACCCAAAUCUCGUAGAAACACUGCGAUUAUUCAUGAGAGUUUUGAUAAGCAAUAAAAAAGAGAUGAAAAUAUGUGUUUCCACUAUCCUAUCUGCGGUUCUGAGGAAGACAGUGUCACUGCACUAUUCUGGUUACGGAAAGGAAGCUGGCGGAAAGAAAAAGAAAAAUUUUUAUAACACUACAGUAUGCAAAGUACUGAUUGAUGUGAUAAUUGAGGUAAUAGGAUCCAGCACUGAUGAGAAGAAGAUAAUGUCAGAAGUAAGUACUUGGUUGUCACGUUCUGGCGAUCGAGAGGGUGGGCGUAAGGAACGACAACGCGGGUCAAGUCAUCAUAACGAGAAUAAUUCAGUUUGUUCCUUUGAUACCAAUCGAUAAUACUUCAUUUUUCCGGGAUAAAUGGAAUUGUAAAAUCACUGUGUUAAUAUGACUCCAUUAGUUCAUUUUCGUAAUUGUAUUAGUUGUGAUAUUCUUGAUAAAAGGUACGAUUAAUAGGAAAAGUUUAUAUUAUCAAUAUAUUUUUAUCGCGAGGCGUUUCAUUGGGCAGAAUAUAUAUUAAUAUAUGAAUAUUGUUUAGUAUUCGGCUGUCAUUGAAGUAUUAAUUAUAUUUAUUAUAUUUCUCCUGGCGAGGUCGGAAAUCCAGAAGAUGGAAAUAACAAUUGGAAAAUGUGAUGUAUCUUAGCAUAAUAAAGUAUUUUCUAUGUCAUUUCCUCAUAAGUUAGAUCACGGGAAUAAAUAUCCGUUGUUGGUUCAGGGAUUAAAUAUUAUGUCCAAAAGUUUAAAGGGAAAAAUAAUAAGUGGAUUUUUAAUUUUUAAGAAAAAUUCUAAUGAAAGUAAUUUCAGCCAUUGAGAGCUGUUUUCAGUAUUUGGUGAUUCAAGUCAAAUAAUAUUUAUAAGGUUGAAGUUUCACAAUCGGACUGCGUCCAUAUUCCCCAAAGAUUUCAAAUUUAAGGGUUGAAAUUAAUUAGUUAUAUGUAAUCCUAUCCAAGACUUUUUUAUAUUUCUAAGUUUGUUUGAAAGAGUGAAUAUAAUAAGCAAUAUUAUAUAGAACUAGCACACAAUCAAUGCAACUAAAUAUCAUUCUGUGUUCCGGAGUUGCAGAUGGAGAAAACAUUAUUGUAAAAAAAGGACGUCUUUCCGAGAUGAAAAAAUAAUUCUUAUCAGGAUAAUUCGUAUCAGCAAUUGUCUAUGGAUAUAAGAAUUAAUUCUUAUCAUCCAUAGCGGAAUAAAUUAUCCAUAAUAUUGCUAUUAUAAUGACUGUUUUCAUGCUUGAAUUGAAGCACGAUAAUUUAUCAAUUCUAAACUACUAAUUUAAAAAAUAACAUUGGUGCGUUAUUUUGUUGGAUAUUUUGUUAAUACAAUCUUCGAAUUCUGAAGACUGACUGCUAAUAUUAUUAGAUUGUAAGAGAGAGUUUAUUAAGACUUAAUAUGGUAUGUCGUAUUAAAUUUCGGAUUCAAAUGAUCUACGUAGAUUAUUUAUUUUAAAAGCGGAUGAAAAUAAUCCACAAAAGAUUUUUCUACAAUUUAUACCUGCAAUCAUUUUUUUGAGUUUUCAUAUUCUGUUCGCGGAAAAAUCUCAUAGUUGUGAUUAUCUUUCAUGAAAAUUGGAGAUACAAACACUGCAUAUCUUUAA